AGGCCCCAUCCAGCCUGUGCAGAAAGCACAACCCCAGAGAAAUGCCCUCCUGGUGCCUAACCCCCACAGCAGGAAUUUUCCCUUCUUCCUCCCAUCUCCCUUCUUUGGGUCUGCACUGCAGAAGGAAACCUCUUGGCUGCAAGGUGACCUUAGGAGUGAGGUCAUCAUCAUCAUCAUCAUCAUCAUCACCACCUCCUGUGCUCACAGAGGUGCCAGUGGAGAGCAGCCCAGAGCCAGGACCCUCCUGACCACCCUCUAACUGCAUCUGGUCCAAGCAGAGGAAGCUGUUCCCUGCCAGCCUCCUCUCCUCACAUCCUCACCCCGAGCUGUUUGUCGCUCGUUGUCAGACAAUUCAUCAGCGUUAAUUGACUCCUUACAAACCAUAAUUGGGGCUGCCUGACGGAGCCAGGCUCUGCCCCGUGGGCGUUUGCCAACCUGCCCUGGGUUUUUUAUGAGAAAUGACAAAGAUGUCAGCCUGGCUCCAUCCAUAAAGUGAUCACCUGAGACGGUUUGAUGAGGGCUCCAACAGGGAAGGAGUGUGAGGGCUGGCAGCCCCGGGAGGCAGCAGCGUUUGUCACUGCUCGCUGUUGUGCUGAAGUAGAGGUGAGCAGGCUGAGUGUGGGAAUCCUGUCCAGCGAUGAGAAGCUGACCAUGCAGAGCCUCAACGAGCGCCUGGCAUCCUACAUGGACACGGUCAGGAACCUGGAGAGAGAGAAUGCUCAGCUGGAGCAGCUGAUCAGGGAGUGGUACCAGAAGCAGGCUCCUGCUGGUCCAAAGGACUACAGCCACUACUAUGAGAAAAUUGCAGACCUUCAGCAGCAGAUCGUGAACGCAGCUGUGGAAACCAACAAGGUGCUUCUGGACCUGGACAACACGAGGAUGACUGCAGAAGACUUCAGGAUAAAGUUCGAGACAGAGUAUGGCCUGCGGCAGAAUGUGGAGGGGGACAUCAACAGCCUGAGACCCUUGCUGGACAACCUGACCCUGAGCAAGUCUGACCUGGAAAUGCAGUUUGAGUCCCUCAGGGUGGAGAUAAUUGACCUCAAGAAGAACCACGAGGAGGAAAUGAAAUCACUGCAAGGCCACUCUGGUGGGGAUGUGAGUGUGGAGGUGAAUGCUGCUCCAGGAGAGGACCUCCUGAAGAAACUGAACGACAUGAGGCAAGAAUAUGAGACCAUCAUCCAGAGGAACCGCGAAGAGGUGGAGAAGUGGUAUGAGAUCAAGAUGAAGGAGGUGGGUGAACAGGUUCACCUCAGCGGCCAGGAGGUGGAAUCCAGCAUCCAGCAGAUCUCUGAGCUGAGACGUCAGUACCAGAGCCUGGAGAUCGAGCUGCAGUCACACAUCAGCAGGAGGGACGCUCUGCAGUCCAACAUGGAUGACACCGAGCGCCGCUACAGCCUGCAGCUGCAGCAGAUCCAGGCUGUGAUCAGCAACCUGGAGGAGGAGCUGGCCAGCAUCCGCUGCGAGAUGGAGAGCCAGAACCAGGAGUACAAACUGCUGCUGGGCAUCAAGACCCGCCUGGAGCAGGAGAUCGCCCAGUACCGGGCACUGCUGCACGAGGGCCAGCAUGGCAUCACAACCUCUCAGGGAGGAGGUGGCAGUGGAUCUUCAGGAGGAGGAGGAGGUCAUGGAGGAAGCAGCUGGUCCUCUGGAGGAGGAAGCAGUGGAAGAGGAAGUGGUUGGUCCUCAAGUGGAGGAAGCAGUGGAGGAAAAAUGGGAGGAUCUUGUGGAAGAACUUCCUCUUCUGGAGGUGGAGGAGGAACCUGCGGGAAAACUUCAGGGGGAGGAGGUGGCAGUGGAGGAGGAGGAGGCAGUGGAGGAGGAGGCAAAUCCUGCCUCUCCCGCUCUUCUUCUUCCCAGUCUGGCAGCUCCUAUGAGAGGCAAGGAAGUGCUGAAAGCACAAAGCUGUGCCUGGAAGGGAACAAAACACUGGAGAGAGGAGCAACGAUGGAUGAGGUGUCUGAAGCCAUCAAAACGAUGAGACAGGGGAGCUUUAGGAAGUUUGAGGAGUGAUUGGCCAGAGCAGCACCUCCCACUGCAGGACCCCACCAGUGGCCCAAGCCAGCCAGACCAAGCACACUGACCACAGCUCCACCAAGAGCAAACACUUGUGCGAAUUCCUCAGCACUGCUCACCCCAGGGGCUCAGCAGAGCCCUCUGGAUGGCUCUGCCUGCUGCUUCCAGCUGAGCUUCUGCUCCUAACCACUGCUCCUGAGCUCUCUCUGCCCUGAUUGGUCUCCUUCUGGGGCAAAAAAGGUGGGGACAAACCCACCCCCCAAAAUAGAAAUGCUAAUAAAGCUUCGCUUCCUCCUGCACCCAGAGAGCUGUGUCUGGAGAGAUUGCCUGCAG